AUGGCAGCACAAAAUAUCGAUAACGAUGAGUUCGUGCCAGGAAUUCUCAGGCAGGUUGCAGCCGACGAUAUUUUGUACCCCGAGCCAGCUGAAUGUGGCAAUGGACAGCUAACCAUCUGCAAUGGCUGUCGCACGAUCAAAGUGUGCAUUGGAUUGGAAGAUGCUCUGAAUCCGACCCAGCUCUGUCCAACGUCUGCCCCGUUCUGCAACACGGCCGAGGGUGGCUGUUCCACAAUUCCGGAUGAUACCCAGGAACAAUGUUCAGCAGCUGCUCAAGAGUUACGCUUCCGUUGUACCGGAAAAGGCAAAUAUCCGGAUCCACACACGUGCGGAGGUUAUUACUUCUGCGAUAAAUCUGGAACUAUUGGCGAUUCGUAUCGGUGCCCCCCGAGUUACACAUACAACAGCAAAGUUGAACUAUGUCAACGAUCCAACACCGCAUGUAAAUCCCUCAACUGCACCGCCAGCGGCCCCGUCUUUAAGGUGCAUCCAUCGAACAACAAAUACUUCUAUUACUGUCUUUAUGAUGCCAACAAUGCAGCAGCGGAACCUUCCAUCAUCAUGUUUUCCUGCGGCGAUGGGGCCACCUACGACAGCAAUGCCAGGAAGUGUGUCUACAAGUGUCCCCGGGAGGGUCUGUAUGUUAAAUCGACCAGUCCGAACAUGUACUACCAGUGCUACUGGUCCAAUGGAAGAAUAACGUACAUAGAACGCUCAUGCCCGUUGGCGACUCAGCAGUUCGACGACACGAAGAAAGUGUGUAUCACGCCUGUUGUCAAUGCUACAAGUAAGCUUUUCCUAUAA